AUGGAAAGCGACGGAAUUUGCCUGCUCGCGCAGCCUUCGCAGGCGGUCACAAACACUACUCUCGAAGGCUGGCAAUUCGAUGACAACUCCCGAUCAACAUGGACGAUAGUGUGGACAUGCUUUUCUACAAUCCUCGCCUGCACGUGGACUGUUCUCCGUGUUGACGUCCCACCCCGCAGCUGGAGUGCAUCCCAGCGCAAUGCCGUCAAAAUCUUCCUAUGGCUGCUGACCGUGCUCUGCCCCGAGGUGAUAGCUUGGGGCACAGUAGUGGAAAUGUUUGCAGCAAGGAGUACAGCUGCUUCAUGUAAUUCUGCCCAAGCUUUGGUGGAUGAGCCAAAGGGUGAGGCCCAAGGACAGCUGGUGCACUCUUGGAGCAUCCCUCAGGGGUAUUGUGUCAAGAUGGGCGGUCUGGCCUUACAGACGCAGGACCACUGGCUGUAUACCGUCACACCGAGGAAUAUCCUGGUUUUUAUCCGAGCGGGGAUGAUUACAUGCUCCGAUUUCCGUGACGAAGAUAUCCAGGAUCGAGCGAAGGUUGAUGCCCUGGGGAUAGUGUUUACGGUUUUACAGAGCCUCUGGGCGAUGUGCAAUAUCGUGACCCGAGCGGCUUAUUCGCUGUCCAUAUCGCCGCUUGAGCUUGGGACGGUCGCGUAUGUCGCCUGCGGGAUCUGUCUUUAUGGCUUCUGGUGGAAUAAGCCUAAAGACAUGGCUACCACAAUCAACAUUGCCUUAAGAUAUAGUCGUGACGAUAUCCCAGAGGAAGUCCAGAGGAUUAUGGAUGCAAGUCCACAGGGUUGGGUUCAUCUGCGAGGUCUUCCUUCUGAGAGUACUCCUCCGCCCGCCCUAAAGGAUAGCUCUGGGCGUUUCACUUUUUUCUUUGCCGAUGGACCAGCGCGGUUUCCAUCUGCUGGUGAAGAUAGUGCAAUCCAAUUAUCUCAUGGUAGAAAGGCUUUAACUGCUGUCUUUGCCACUUUCAUUGCUAUUUCUUUUAGUGGGAUCCAUGUUGCUGGAUGGAAUUUUAUCUUCCCCACAGAAGCUGAAAAGAUAGCUUGGCGGGUUUUCACAUUGAUUGCAAUUUCAUCGUCCUUCAUCCCACUGGUCGUUGCUCAAGGGCCUCUCAUCGCCGUGUGGCUUGCGGGAAAGAAACUGCUCCCUUCGUGCAUGAGGAGCCUGGGGGAUCCGAAUUCUCCUGUCACAGUGCUUGAAAUUGUGCUUGCCGAUGGAUCUUUGUAUCUGUACUUUAUAGCACGUUUUGGGACCUUUGCGCUUAUGCUCUCGUCGUUGAGGGCCCUUCCGGCUGAUUCUUACAUUACCCCGGAUUGGUUGUCUAGCAUCCCGCAUAUAUGA